GCCAUCCUCAUCCAGCUCCACAUGGAUUUUGUAAACAUUAGAAGACGCUGUGCUCCAUCAGCACCGUUUAACCUACACCAUUCAUCCACCGCUCAUCCGUCUUAUAUUUAAUCAGGCUGGUGGCUAUUGAUGGGAGAGGAUGUCCUUAAGGCUUCUGUCGCUGGAUCCAUCAGACCGAGGCUCUCAGAGAUGCAGACUGGGUCCAGGCUUGAUAUCAGCACUGGGUCUGAGUCUUGGCUCUCCUCUUCUGGUGUCUCUACCCGGAGGGAGCUGCUUGUGCACAGCCUGGCCCCGGCCUGACCUUGCCGAGGGCUUCCUGCAAGUUGACCUGAAAUGUUGCUCUCCUGGUCUGAUCUCCAACCCCCCCUUACAUCUGAACCUGGACCCCUCCCAGCUCUCACCUGUACCCUGCCCUAAACUUAAAGGUGUUAAGGUAACGGUGGUGGUCCAGAGUGUUGAUUUUCGCAAAUACACACCUCUUCGCCUUGUUCAUGAGCUUGUGAAAGACAUGCUGAAAGGUGUCUAUGUCCAUGAGAAGUAUGUGGUAAACCUGGAGGAUUUUGAUAUAGAUUUAAGAUAUGUAGUCAUUGAGAACAUCACUCCGGAUUCUGCCCCUGCUGGAUUGAUCACUUCAAAAACAGGUGUGGAGAUAGCUGGCAUUCAGACCGUCAGGCAUUACAAGAGCCAGCUUCAGGGUCGAGACUCAGUCCCACUGGGAGGUCUGGAGGAGGUGAGGGCCUCACUGAAAGAGAUGCUGCAACUGCCUCUGCUCUAUCCCAGCACCCUGAGCUCUCUUGGUGUGUCAUGUCCAAGAGGUGUGCUGCUGGUCGGGCCCUCAGGUGUGGGUAAGACCCUGCUGGUUCACUGUGUGGUGGGUGAGGUGGGAGCCAGCCUGGUAGUGGUCCAUGGACCAGAGGUAGUUGGAUCUCGGCCUGGUGAGAGUGAAGAGAAGUUGCGUGCUGUCUUUGAGCGUGCUCGAUGUGCAGCUGAAGAGGGACCAUGUGUGCUCUUCCUAGACGAGUUAGACUCGCUGUGUCCGAGGAGAACGUCCUCAUCAGCACCAGAGAACCGCCUGGUAGCUCAGCUGCUCACACUGAUGGAUGGGAUGAAUCGGGGAGAUAGAUUCUUAAUUGUGGGAGCGACAAAUCGCCCUGAUAGCUUAGACCCUGCACUGCGCCGGCCUGGAAGAUUUGACAGAGAGGUUAUUAUUGGAGCUCCCACCGUGCAGCAGAGGAAAGACAUACUGUCUGUUCUGUGUGCGAGGAUGCCUGUGUGUCCCAGUGUGGACAUGACGGAGCUGGCACAGAGAACUACAGGCUAUGUAGGAGCUGACCUCAGUGCACUGUGCAGGGAGGCCGCCAUGCAGGCUAUACGGGAUAGCUCAAAGGGUUCAGGAGAGCAGGCAGUCUCUUUGAAGCACUUCCAGGAGGCUCUAAAGUUGGUGAAUCCCUCCUGCCUCAGAAGCAGUCUGGGUAGAACAGAUUUGUCUCCAGUAACUUGGGAGCAGAUCGGAGGACUGGAUGAAGUCAAACUCAAACUAAGACAGAGUAUUGAGUGGCCAAUGAGGUACCCUGAGGCGUUUGUUCGCCUGGGUCUAAGUCGACCUCGUGGCGUGCUCCUUUAUGGACCUCCAGGAUGUGCAAAAACGACGCUAGUCAGGGCUGCAGCCACUUCAUCCCACUGUGCCUUCCUGUCUGUUAGUGGUGCUGACAUCUACUCUCCCUUUGUUGGAGACUCAGAGAAGGCUUUCGCACAGCUGUUUCGUCAAGCACGGGCUUGUGCCCCUUGUAUCCUGUUUCUGGAUGAGAUCGACUCUCUGAUUGGCUCACGGUCAGACAGUCAGCCGGCUCAUGGCGUUCAGACCCGCCUCCUGUCAGUGCUCCUCAAUGAGAUGGACGGAGUUGGCCUGAAAAUGCUGGAGAGGAGAGGUGCAGAGAAGAUCCUCCAGGCUGAGGGAGUGGAGGAGAGUCAGAAACAGGAAGAGUUGGAAUGUCAGGAAGUUUGUAAUAAAGAUGUCAUGGUUAUCGCUGCAACAAACAGGCCUGACUGUUUAGACAGUGCUCUCCUCCGGCCUGGCAGACUGGACCACAUCAUCUAUGUCCCACCACCAGACCAGCAGGCCCGUCUUUGCAUCCUGAAACUGUGCACAAACUUGAUGCCUGUGGGUCCUGAUGUUUGCCUAGAGGAAUUAGCUACAAAGACGGAGCUUUACUCAGGAGCUGAUCUGGAAAAUCUUUGUAAAGAGGCUGCUCUGUUGGCACUUCAGGAGGAGAACAUGAAGGCUUCUGACAUCAAACACUCCCACUUCCUCCAGUCUCUCAGCAAAAUGAGCCCCUCUCUCACUGCCCAGCAGAUACACAUAUAUGGAAAACCUCCCAGAUGACAAUUACACAAACAUUGGUUUGAAAUAAACUGGAAAAAAUG